CGCGGCACACGCGCGUCGCGUUUAACUUACUGAAGUUCAUCCGUUUCACCUGUUUAAUCAUUAAACACGUUAAUUCACGUGUGGGUCGCCAGCAGGUGUUGUGUUUUAUUGGAUUGAACGCGCGGCCCGAGUGUUAGCGAGCUCCGGGUUCGUGUUUCAGGCGCUGCUGACGACAAACAUUCAAAUCAGUCGAGCUGAGGAGAAACUCCGUGUUCGUGUGUGAGAGAGCACGUAUGACGCAGAUACUGCACGUAUGACGAUGUCGGACUCAGAAGACUCGGAUCUGGAGGAAGGAGUGGAUGUGAUGCGACACCGAACCAAGAUUGUCUAUCAGGGCCAGUUCCCGUACAUUCACAUGGAGCCGCCCGACGUCAUAUACGAGCGCUGGACCAAGAUAAAGCCCGAGGUGAAGAAGCACGUGGGUCAUCUGAUGCAUGUGUCUGUGUUCUGGUGGCAUAUCCUCCUGAGACAGCAGGACAAUCACCCCACCACCUUCUGGGCCGUGGAGAUGGGCUUUCUGGACUCAAAUGUGUCGAAUGAUUUGAGUCUGAAGAGGCUCGAGAAGAUCGAGAUCCUGGAAAGCAUUCUGGAUGCCAUGGAGCGAGGCCUGUCUCACCCGGACAUGGAGGGGAAAGCCCGAGCCGUGGUGUCCUUAAGCAGAUUGUUUUCCAUGGAGGACGAUUGUUUGGCUGAAGCCAUCAGCUGGCUGCUGGACUCUAGAGCUCCUGAAAUCCGCAAGAAGCUGCUGGAUCUCGGAUCAGUGGAGAUUCGCUACCGGACGCUUUGCUUCAUCUUCAGCGAGUAUUCACGCUAUCUUCAGGUGGUUUCAUGCAGUAAAAAGAAGGCCAUCAAGGAGCUGAAAGCAGAGCCGGACCCUUGGACUUUUUCAAAAAGCGAAGAUAUGAAAAACAAAGGAAAUGAGCAUUUUCAGAAGAAGAAAUAUGAUCUGGCGUUGAAGUGGUACACCAAAGCCAUUAAAUACCACCCGAGCAACCACAUCCUGUACGGGAACAGAGCGCUCUGCUACAUUCGCUCGGAGAAAUAUCUGAAAGCACUUGGAGACGGAAAGAGAGCCAUUAUAUUACAGCCAGAAUGGGCCAAGGGUCACUACCGCUUCUGUGACGCUCUGUUCUAUCUGGGGGAACAUCAGAAAGCUCUGACGGCCAACCUCCUGGCUCAGGACGCCUGCGGCGCAGACACCGAGGGACAGAAAGACCUGCUGCAGCAGCACGAGCGCUUCCAGACGGAGCUGCAGGAGAGCAGAGAGAUGAAGACCAAGAAACCCGAAACGAAGAAAACUUCUUCUAAAAGCAGAUCACACGCGGCCGGCGAUUCUUCAGGUCCUCAUCAGAAGUCCAGUCGUCCGCCGGAAGCCACGUCUCAGUCUUCACAAUCUGAAAACUGGAAAGACCAGGAUGACACCGCAGGGAAUUCAGGAGCUCGAGCGAAUGCUGACGGAAGAACUGACAGACUCAAAGACACGAAGAGUGAAAUGAGUCCACGAAAGACUAAGAAAGGCUCGUCCGGUGUCCCAGAGAAGCCGGCGGUCCGGAGCAAACACACACCCGUCUCGGACAGAACGAGCCCUCUAGCGGAGGACGAGAGCGAGGCGGGGAGGAGAGAUCGCUUCUGUGCUGCUGUUCAGGAGGCUCACACAGCUCUGAGCGACCAGCGCUGUCGUAACGCUCAGCAGUCCUUCUCUGCGGCGCUCAGGAUCCUGGAGGCCAGCGGGACCACGGAGCUGGGUUUGACAGAGCUAGAUAAAUCUGUGCUGAUGUAUGGAUAUGCAAUGGCCCUGCUGGAGAUCGGACAGCCUGAGGAACUGGCUGAAGCUCAGCGGUUGUUCACCAAAUUAGAGUCGUCAGAGAGGAAGUUUCAGUCGCUGGUGCAUUAUGGGAUGGGCAGAGUUUACCUGAAGGAGAAUAGAUUUACUAAAGCUCUGGAGUGCUUCACUAACGCUCAGCUGAUGAUCCAGAGACGCAUCACACCUGGAAAACUCACCUGGCCAACCACUAAAACUACAGUAGAGGAAACACAGCCGGCCUGUUUAAAGGUGCAUAACUUACCUCUCCUCUUCUCUCAGUUUAAAACAUCUAUUCCUAAAAUCAAACCUGCUGGACGAUUGAGAAUCAAGCAGCAAUGUACAAGUAUUAAGAAGUUGAAGUCUAAAAAUGAACGAAAGCUUUGGCGGAAACAACACAAGUUGGCGACACGUUCUGCCUGUCAAGAGAGAAAGGAAGUAACAGCUGCGGACGCCUCUAAAGACCCUACGGCAGAGAGAGAGCCACCCAGAGACUGUAUUUAUGUGGACCGUGUUUUACAUCAAAUUCAUGAUAACAAAGGACUUUUUAAAGAAGAGUCAGUGAAUAUUUCUUGCUUUUUGGAGCAUCUGCGGCCGUGGUUGGAUUUAUUUGAGAGUAAAGGACAUGAGAGCGUGUUAAACCGCCGUAGAGACCCAGGACCUCUGUGGGAGCUGGUGGAUCUUCUGCUGGAGUCCAGAAACCGGGUCUGGGCUCGAGUCUUCAUCGAAACGCUCGGCCUGACGCUUCAUAUCAAACCCAAACUGCAGCAAUGGGCUCAGCAGCUCGAUAACGCUGGUCUGAAAGCCACGGAGUCAUUCGUCAGUCGUUACAGCUCUCAUCUGGAGGAGUUGGACCUGAAGCCUCUGCUCACGUUCGCACCGCUGCAGGAGACGCUCAUCGAGAAGUUCGGCACCGUUCCGGAAUUAUUUGACCGUGACGGUUUAACUGUAAUGGAGUACUUAAGACAGGCUCCGGCUAAAGAAAAGCGUCUGUUUAUUUGGACUCUAGAGUCGAAUCGAGAGCGCUAUCACUCCUGUCACUCCAUUCUCGAUCAAUAUUUUGAAGACGACGCUGUUUGUUUAGUCAUUAAAAAGACGGAUGAUGACGAGCACAUGAGCUCAGUAUUUAAGAGUAAAAACAGGCAUCGCAAGAAGAAGCAGAAGGAGUUAAAGUCUGUUAUUGUGCUGUCUGGAAUGAGAGGUGGACACCCGAGGGAUGAGGAUGAGGAAGAUGAGCUGUUCUCCGAGGAAGACGCUUUGAUGUUCCUGAGCAGCAUGGAUCCAUUCAGCGUUCCCGAACACCUGCGAGGGCAGCUGGAGGAGUUU